AUGCUUCUACUGAGGAUGAAGAACAAGUGGACUUUUCUGGUGCUCUGUGGCAUUCUGGGGUCUGGACUCGGCGACAACCCAUCAUGGUUCAACAACAUCACUACAAAUUUUUUCAAAUCUCCUGGAGAUAUUCUCAUUGGAGGACUAUUUCCCAUCAACCAACUCACAAGUGAACUGAGCCAACGGGUGAAACCUGAUGAUCUUCAGUGUGACAGCAUAAGCACAUAUGGUCUGUCUCUUUCGCUGGUGAUGAAGUUCACUGUGGACGAGAUCAACUCUAAAAAGCAUAUUCUCCCAGGGAUCACUCUUGGAUUUGAGAGCUAUGACACCUGCAUGCAGCCAGCCGUUAUCAUGAAGCCCGUCCUGCAGCUUCUCACACAGGAAUCAACAGAUGAACUGGACAUUUAUUGUAACUACACAAACUACAAGCCUCGGGUUAUGGCUAUCAUAGGACCAGACAGCUCAGACGUGGUCCCAGAUGCUGGCAAGCUGAUUGGUUUUUUCUUGAUGCCAAUGAUUAGUUAUGGUGCCACCAGCGAUGAGUUCAGUAACAAACAGACCUACCCGUCUUUCAUGCGAACCGUCGCCAGCGAUCAGUGGCAGGUUGUGGCCAUGAUACAGCUGCUGAAACAGUUUGGGUGGAACUGGGUGUCAGUAAUAGGUAGUGACGAAGAAUACGGCCAGAUGGGUCAGCAGCAGUUCUCCAGCAUGGCCAAUGAUGAGUCCAUCUGCGUGGCCUAUCAGGGUUUAAUUCCCGUAUACAGUGAUCCAGGACCUACAAUACAAGAUAUGCUGAAUCGGAUCGUGGAUGCUAAAGUUGGAGUGGUGGUGGUCUUCUCUAUUCCCAUCCCAGCUAAAGCCUUCUUUAAAGAGGUAAUCAAAAGAAACAUUACAGCUGUUUGGGUGGCGAGCACAGCAUGGAGUCUGAAUGAUGGUGUAUCCACCCUGCCUGGCAUCACUUCAAUAGGCACCGUGCUGGCGUUUGCAGACAUCACCAGACCUCUUGACCUCUUUACUCCCUACAUCCGUGAGCUUUUCACCAAAAUAGAGGGGAUGGCGAUCCCACAACAGCUAGAUGCAGACAUCUCGCCUCUGGACAACCCAUGCCCAAGAUGCAGCUAUGUGAGCCAAGCCAACGUGAGCAUGGUAGAGGUAGACCUAGUGCAGCGCUCAGCUUUCAGUGUCUAUGCUGCCGUCUACUGUGCCGCAUAUGCUCUGCAUGACUUGCUUGGAUGCAAUGCAACCAGCUGCACUCGAAAUCCUAAAAGAGACAAUGUCUAUCCAUGGCAGCUGUUGCGGAAACUCCAAAAACUGUCUUUAGACCUUGAGGGGGUCAAUAUUCAGUUUGAUGAUGAGGGCAAUCCAAACUUUGGCUACGAUUUUAUGCAGUGGAUCUUCAAUGACACCACCGUGACCUUUGAUGUAAUUGGAUACUUUUAUCAGAACCUUACCAUUGAAAGCAAUGCUAUAAAAUGGCACACAAAAAACGGAGAGGUGCCAAUGUCCACCUGCUCCUCAGACUGUGGGAUAGGACAGGUGCGCAGAGUCAAAGGUUUCCAUUCCUGCUGUUUUGACUGUAUUGACUGCUUGGAGGGAACAUUCCUAAACAACACAGAUGACAUUCAGUGUAAAUCAUGUCCCAAUGGCCAGUGGUCAACUCUAAGAAGCACAAGCUGUGUCUAUCCCAUCUACACCUACCUGGACUGGACCAACUAUGAGUCAAUCGGAGUCAUUCUGGGAGGAAUUGUAGUGCUUGCAUCACAUGUAUGGGUGGGGGCUCUGUUUUUCAAGCACAGAGGAACUCCACUGGUGAAAACUGCAGGUGGACCGCUGUGUGGCCUUACCUUGCUGAGCCUUGCUGGAGGAUGUAUGAGUCUGGUGCUGUUCCUGGGUCAGCCGGGAGACACCGUCUGCCGCCUGCAGGAGCCACUUAAUGCCUUUUUUCCCACCGUGGCCCUCUCAGUCAUUCUGUCCAGUUCCCUUCAGAUUGUGUGCGUCACAGAGUUUCCUGAGCAGUCUUCCGAACACCUAGAAAACCUACGCGGACGAGGAAGCUGGUUUGUGAUUCUGGGAUGUUGCGGGCUGCAAGCGGGACUAUGCGGCUGGUAUGGCCUAGAAGGUCCCUCCCUGACCCAAUACGUCGCCAGUUUGGAUGUGACUUAUGUGAAAACUUUUCUACGCUGCCCAGUGGAGCCAAUGUUAAACUUCGGCCUGAUGCUCGGUUUUAAUGUCAUCCUGGCUCUGAUGUCAUUCAUGUCCACCUUCAUGGCUCUAAAGCCACCUGGACAGUACAACUUAGCCAGAGACAUCACCAUCUCCACCUUGAGUUACUGCGUCAUGUGGGUGAUGUUCAUCCCUAUUUACACCAGUCUAGAUGAUAAAAAUAAGUCCCUUGCUCAAGUAGGAGUUAGUUUACUCAGUAAUAUGGGGUUGGUUGCGGCCUACUUCUUCCCUAAAUGCCACCUGCUGGUCAAACAACCAGAACUCAACACAGAUGAUCACUUUCGUACAUUUUUGGAAGGCGUCCCACCGACACCACCUGAAGAAAGCUAA